UGUGUAUUUGGACAGUGAUCUCUUGUCCUCACCACUAUCUGACACACACAAACUGCUCUCUCACUAUAUGGCGUAAACUCGAUGCCUGAUAGUGCAAGCAAAGCAAACCAAGCAACUUACUUUUUUUCACUCUAAUCUCUCUCUCUCUCUCUCUCUCUCUCCUCCCUCUUUGUCUCUUAAAUUCUGCUUUAUUUUGUCCCAACACACCACUUCACUUCACCUCUAUAACCUAAGCUCUUGUUUAGUCCUUUACUCACCACCAAUAACUCUCUUCUAAUGUCUCCCUUUCUUCCUUACAUCUUCUUCUUCAAUUCAUCAAUCUCUGCCUCACUAGAUUAAUCUCUCUUCAUUAUCUUUAUCUCUCUUUCUCUCUCUCCUUUUGAAGUGAGAGAGAGAAUAUAAUACUCAGGGUAGGAAAGUGUCUUGUAUGGUUAAAAGUUGUCUUGUUCUCAGUACCAUAUGUUUCUGCAGUGAACUAUACCCUACUAAUUAAUUACUACUUGUCACUCUUGUCUUGCUUUCUCUUUCUCUUGUUAAUUACUAACUUCACUUCCCCUCAAUAAUAUUAUUAACUCAAAACCAUCUUCCUUUUCAUACAAACACCAAUAUCAUCAUUUUUGGCAGUUUCUGUUUUGUUUUUGGUCUCCAAAGAACAAACAAACAACCUCCAAAUUAUACAAACUAAUGGAACUUUCUAGCACCCAAGAUGGUGAAAUCCAAAUCCCAUCUAAUAAUUACGUUGCUACUGCCCAUGGCGUUAGUGCUAACGGACAUGGUCAUCAUCAUCAUCAUCACAUGAUUCAUCACCAUGCUCCUCCUCCUCCGCCACCUCUUCUACACCACCACAAUAACAUCAUAACAUCUUCCUCAGCCGCAGCGGUUCCCGUGGCAGCAGUAGUACCUCAGAGUCAGAACCCUUCCAUUAACGGCACAACCACCACAACCACAAACUCUACUAGUGUAGAACUAGAUCUUGAUCAAUCCUCGUACAAGAAACCAUUAUCGCAAGUGGCGGUCAAGUACAGAGAAUGCUUGAAGAACCAUGCAGCUGCAAUGGGAGGAAACGCUACAGAUGGUUGCGGUGAGUUCAUGCCAAGUGGUGAACAAGGUUCCAUAGAAGCACUCAUCUGUUCAGCUUGCCAUUGUCACAGAAACUUCCACAGAAAAGAAAUUGAAGGUGAGACUGAUGAAGAAAACUACCCACACCACCAUAACUCACCUUUCAACUUCAACUUCAACGUCAACAGACAACAACAACAACAUCACAGCAUGAGAAAAUUUAUGUUACCGCUUUCGGAUCAACCUCUCGGCCUCGGCUACCACCACCAUCACACUACUCCUAACUCUACAUCAGCAGCCGUAACAGUAACAGGUAACAACAACAACAACAACAAUAUUCUUCCUUCUAGAGCUGUAGCACCACCACCACAUGGACACAUCAUUAUGCCUUUCAACUACAACAUACCUUCUGAAUCUGAUGAACAAGAAGAACAUGGCAGAACACAAAGUCACCAUCAGCAGGUAGUGAUGAAGAAGAGGUUCAGGACAAAGUUUACACAGGAGCAGAAGGAGAAAAUGCUGAACUUUGCUGAGAAAGUUGGAUGGAAAUUUCAGAAACAAGAAGAAUCUCUGGUGCAACAGUUCUGUGCGGAAAUUGGCGUGAAGAGAAGAGUGCUAAAGGUUUGGAUGCAUAACAAUAAACACAAUCUUGCCAAAAAACAACAUAUUGAUAUUAGCACUGAUAAUCUUCCAACUCCUUAAUUUAAUAUUAUUAUUAUUAUUAGUUAAUUAAAUAUUUCUAUUAUAUUUGGUAAUAAUAUAUGUGUCUGUAUUUGUUGUGGUAAUCUAGUUUAGAAAUAUUGCAUUUGCAUUAAUUAAUUAAUUAAUUAAUUAAUUAAUUAAUUAAGUACUUGAGUAUUUAUUUUUAGUUUGUGAGGUGAGGGCUCAUCAUCAUGCAUGUCUUGAGGUGGAUUUGUUUGUAUUACUAAUAGAACACAAUUACAUAAUACCCUUUUCUUUUUCUAA